AUGGAAAGACCCCUCACCGUCCUGCGGAUGAGCCUGUACCACCCCACCCAGGGCUCUGCUGUCUUCGCCACUGUUCCACAGAGGCUGCAGCAUGACACCAGCCCGCUUCUGGUGGGGCGGGGCCUGGACGCCCACCUCCAGCUGCAUCUCCCCCGCCUGUCCCGCCAGCACCUGUCGCUGGAGCCCUACCGGGAGAAGGGCAGUGCUCUGCUGGCCUUCAGCCUCAAGGCCCUGAGUCGCAGGGGCUGCGUGUGGGUCAACGGGCUGGUGCUGAGGUUCCUGGAACAGGUCCCCCUGAGCACCAUCAACAGAGUCGCCUUCGCGGGGAUCCAGAUGGUGGUCCACGUAGAGGGAGGCACCUCCCUGGAGGCCUUUGUCUGCUGUUUCCACGUCAGCCCCUCACCCCUGAUUUACAGGCCCCAGGCUGAGGAGACUGAUGAAUGGGAAGACAUCCCCAAGGAGCCACCUGCCCCGGGUUCAGAGCCACCGGUUCCAGGUCACCUGGGCUUUCUCCAUGACCCUUCCUCGACUGCGGACAGCUCACCCCAGCCAAGCACUGGAGGAGGAACAGAAAUACAGCUCCAGAGGGAGCCCGCAGACGGCGCGCUCUGCUAG